AUGGAGGUUAUGGAAGAGGGUUUAGUUCCAUGGCUACUGUGGAGAAUCUGGAAGAACAGAAAUGAGCUUUUAUUUAGGAGUAAGGAUUAUCAAGCGGUAGCCACGAUAGCGAAGGCACGGGAUGACGCACAGGAAUGGAAUAGUCGAGUGAAGGUUGAAAACGUGGUGGUGAAAAACCCCAUAACAGAAGAGCAAAUUGUACGUUGGGAUCCUCCCCCAAGCUCACGCCUAAAAUGUAACACUGAUGGUUCAUGGAAACAGGAAGAUGGAGCAGGAGGUGGGGGAUGGAUUUUACGUGAUCAUGAGGGUAGAAUGUUAUGGGCAUGGGCAAAGAAACUUCUGGAAGUAGGAUCAGCGCUAGAAUCAGAGGCUGAAGCUCUGAGAUGGGCAGUAUCUUCAUUGAUCGGCUUUGGAUACAGGGAUGUCAUAUUUGAAACAGACUCUCAAGUGUUAGUGAAGAUGAUACAUGGUGUGGAGGAGAUAUGGCCAAGAAUGAAGCCUAUCAUCCAAGAGAUUAGCAUCCUACUUUCGAAGUCAGCAGGUUCUGAAGUGAGGUACUAUAACAGGAGGGGUAACAAAGUUGCAGAUAGGAUAGCGAAGGAGACUACUACAUUUACGUCCAUGGUCCCUAAGUUGUAUUCUAUCGUGCCUAGUUGGUUAGGUUCUUGUGUGGAGGCUGAUAAGCUUUUUGUAUGA